GAAAAGGUUGAGGCGCGCCUCCGAGCUACUCGGGAGCGCGCCCCGGGGCUCCGCCCAGGCUCCUACAGUGGGCCUGUUCUGCACUUUGAGGCUGGAGCUGGCUGGUCGGGGACAGGAAAGAAGGUGGUGGAAGAUACCAUCAGAAACUGGAAUCUGUAUGAAGUCUUCCAUAACUGAUUCAAGGUUCACACUCACAGUCUACAUGCUCUGAGAAACUAGAAACCCGAAUUAACCAGAAGUUCGCCCAGAAGACCUGUCUGAAAUGUGGUGGUUUCAGCAAGGCCUCAGUUUUCUUCCGUCGGCCCUUGUAAUUUGGACAUUUGCUACCUUCAUAUUCUCAUAUAUCACUGCAAUAACACUCCACCAUGUUGACCCUGCAUUGCCUUAUAUCAGCGACACAGGGACAAUACCUCCUGAAAGAUGCCUCUUUGGAGUAAUGCUAAAUAUCGCUGCAGUUUUAGGCAUUGCUACCAUGUAUGUUCGUUACAAGCAAGUUCAUGCACUGAACCCUGAAGAGAACCUUAUCAUCAAAUUAAACAAGGCUGGCCUUGUACUUGGGAUACUGAGUUGUUUAGGACUUUCCCUUGUGGCAAAUUUCCAGAAAUCAACACUAUUUAUUGUACAUGUGUGUGGAGCUGUCCUUGCCUUUAGUAUGGGCUCAUUUUACAUGUUUGUUCAGACAAUCCUUUCCUACCAAAUGCAGCCCAAAAUUCACAGCAAACAAGUCUUCUGGGUCCGACUACUGUUGGUUAUCUGGUGUGGAGUAAGUGCACUUAGCAUGAUGACUUGCUCAUCAAUUUUGUACAGUAGUGAUUUUGGUCCUGAUGUAGUACAGAAACUACACUGGAACCCGGAGGACAAAGGCUAUGUGCUUCACCUGGUUACUACGGCAGCAGAAUGGUCCAUGUCAUUUUCCUUUUUUGGAUUUUUCCUUACUUAUAUUCGUGAUUUUCAGAAAAUUACUUUGCGGGUGGAAGCCAAUUUACAUGGAUUAACCCUCUAUGACACUGUUCCUUGCCCUGUUAACAAUGAAAGAACACCACUGCUUUCCAGAGAUUUUCAGUAACUGGAUAUAAGUCUUCUGUGAUGAUUGUGAUUCUCAGGGACUGGGAAAAGAUGCACAAAAGUUGCUUAUUAUACUGUGAAAAUUUGAAUCAAUUAAUCAAGGCUGACAGUGACACUAAUGAAACAUGAUAUCAGGAAAAAUGUAAUAAGCCAUCUGGUAAGUUUUCUUAAAGGAUGUUGUUAAGAAGUCCAUCUAAAAACAUGUCUAGACUUUUUUAUAUCCAGAAAAUAAAACCAAAGGAUAAUAUCAUUGUAGUGUUUGCUACUUUAUCAAUGAAAGCCUGAAGUACACCGAGUAGUCUCUAUACUUGGCCUUAAACAUAUUAUUUUAAAAGUAUCUUUUGUUAGGAGUACUUUUAUGAGAGACAUUUUCCAUGGCACACCGUAAUCAGCAUUGGUAACCAAAUCAUUUGGAAUCACGGCUUAAAACUGAAGUUUUAUUAUAUUAAUACAUUUCUUACAGUACUUAAAAAUGUGUUGCUGUUGUUGUUGUUGUUAUUGUUGUUGUUGAAUCUUUUCUGUAAAUAGGAGCCUGCCUGAAAUAAUCUGAGUUCUUUGAUGGCUUAAAUUUUGCCUCUCUGCACCCCCAAACAAACACAAAAUCAAUGGGUAUUUAUUCUGGCCACAUGAAUAUUAACAGAUCUAUCAUAUAUGCUUAUAAUAAUUUCAUCAAGUCUGGUCUCUGAGAUUAGAAUUUUUAAUUACCAGUAAAAGAGAGAGAUUAUUUGCAAAUUUGCUACCAUUUUGUUCUUUAUAAAAUAAAGGUUACAGCUGAUGACAUUGUUCAGUAGUGUAAAUUACUUGCUGCUAACCCUGACUAUCUGAGUUCAAUAUGUAGGAUCCACAUAGUCAAAAGAAAGAAAAGUUAUCCUUUGGCCUUGACCUCCAUAUGCAAAUACACAUACACAAUAACUAAAUGUGAUAAUAGAAAUAAACAUUAAUGUUCCUAAAUAAGGUUGCAAAGUCUGUAAACAAAAGGAUAUGAUUAUUAACAUAAAAAUUACAUUAUAGUUAUAAUCUUUGAUUUUUCAUUUAGAGAAAUUUAUACUUAGUAGUAAGAUUAGUUUUGAUCAUAUAUUUAGUCUUUUUAUUGGAAUGUGAUCCUUUUGAAACCUAAAUCUGAAGAAGAGACUGAAAUCCAAAAUAAAAUUCUGAAUCUUUUUCUCUUGUCAUGAAAAUGAUUGUAAAGUUUCAAUUUAGAUCUCUGUGUAGAUAAAGGAUGGUUAUACAGGAUGGUUUCUAAAUGCCUACUAGGAUUAAAAAGAAGGAACUGUCCGGGCGUUGGUAGUGCACGCCUUUAAUCCCAGCACUUGGGAGGCAGAGGCAAGCGGAUUUCUGAGUUCGAGGCCAACCUGGUCUACAGAAUGAGUUCCAGGACAGCCAGGGCUAUACAGAGAAACCCUGUCUCAAAAAACAAACAAAAAAAAAAAAAAAGAAGAAGAAGAAGAAGGAAGUGUUGACCUAAAUAAUAUCCAGGGUCAAAUUAGUUUGUAAAGUAAUCCUUGAUGAAUACUAACAUAAUUUAUAUUUUUAGAAGAAAUAGGGCUGAAACCAGAAGAAAAGAUGGUAAGGAAAAGUUUAAAAUAUAUCAAGAAGGAAUUUAAGGAAAACUGUUUAAAUGAUGGAGAUGUAGACUUCAGUUAUAAGUUGUUGAAUC